UUGACAACUGAACUGUUGGGGCAAGCAUUAAUCCAGAGUCCAGGGUAUGGUUAAUCUGUGCAAUAAGCUUCACUAAUUCGUGUUUUUGGAGGUUUAGCUUAGGUAAUAAAAGGGUUUGUUCUGAUUAUCAUGUUAACCCUAGUAAAGAAUGUGAAAUAUAUUUUUUAUGAAAAAAAUUAGUUAAAUAACCGUCCAAAAAGAAAAAGGAAAACGAGCUUUUGUUAGUGUUUAUCAUUUUGUGGAAGGCUGGACCAAUUACGGAAGCAUAUAUAUUGAGAAAAUCUACAGAAAUAAAGUCAACAUCAGCUUUUUGGGUACCAUAAUUAUCCGAUGUACUUUUAGAUUAUAAAAGUAGCUGAGCAUGCACCGUCUUGCUACUAAAGCCGUCAAGGAGAAGAGAUUGCCUUCCCCAGCAAAACACAAACCAGAAAACAAGAAGACAAGCAAUGGCAGGUCUCAUGAAAGCUUUAGUUGCAAUACUUGUUUUAUGUCUUGCUACCAGAGGAUUAUGUGAUUGCUCUUUGAACAACAUCAACAUUGGCACAGUUCGAAGUGGGAGAGAAGUAAGUGGUAAGCCAGAAUGGAAUGUGACAGUGACAAACAACUGCAGAUGUGCUCAAAGCCAGAUAAAGCUGUCUUGCAUGGGGUUUCAAACAGUGGAAAGUGUUGAUCCAUCAAUCUUUGUGAAGAAUGGUGAUACUUGUCUACUUAUCAAUGGCAAUUCCUUGGAGGCAUCAGCUUCUGUCCAUUUCUCCUAUGCCUGGGAUCCUCCUUUUCUCUUGUUGCCUGUUGGAUCUGUUAUCCAUGGCUGUUAAAAUAAGAGCGUCUUGCAUUUGCACACAUAUAAAGGUUAUAUGCAAAAGGGAUUUCAAUGCGGUUUAUAUAUUGAUGCUCCUGGUUAGGGUAAUUGAUGUUGAUGUUGCUCUUGUUCUGUAUGACUUGUCAUCUGCUACCUUCUAAAAUCGGGUAAAUUACUUCAA